AUGCCCACCAUGGAGCUCACUCCAUACACAUCUACCAUGGGCUUGAGUGGCCUACGAUUGCAAUUCGCCAUCGCCACCAUCGCAACAUGCGCCUUCUGGCUCUUUGGGUACGACAUGUCUGUCAUGGGCGGUGUCAUCACUGAAGAGCCCUUCCUGUCGGUCUUCCCGGAGACUAAAGACGCAACAGUCCAGGGCAUAGUCAUCGCUGCCUUGGAGUUGGGUGCUCUUCUCGGAGCUAUCGUCUGCAUCUUCUACGGCGACAAGUGGGGCCGACGAGGCACUGUCUUCAUCGGCAUGGCAUUCAUGCUGGUCGGAGGUAUCCUGCAGGCAUCAGCAUGGCACAUUGCCCAGAUGACAGUGGGUCGCGUGAUCAGUGGUAUAGGCCUAGGUCUGCAAGUCGCCACCAUUCCAGCAUGGCAGUCCGAAUGUGCGAAACCGAAGUCUCGGGGCCGCUGGGUGAUGAUAGAGGGCGGUCUCCAGACGUCAGGCGUCGCCUGCGGACAAUGGGUGGGUCUGGGGUUCUUCUAUACAUCAGGUCAAGUCCAGUGGCGCGCUCCUGUUGCCAUACAGCUGGCUCCGGCGGCGAUAGUGUUCUGCAUCAUUAUGUUCCUCCCAGAAAGUCCUCGUUGGCUCGUAUCCCACGGCAGAACGGAACAAGCCCGAGUGGUGCUGUCUAAGCUCCGCGGCACGGACGAGUCUGACCCCAGCUUCAUCGCCGAGUUCGGUGGCAUCAUGGCCAGCCAUGAAGCACAAAAGGGAGAAGCGCCGUUUCACUAUGGAGAACUGCUUCAGAACGGGAAAACCCAAACCUUCCGGCGCAUGCUUCUCGGCGUCUUCAUCAACGCAGCCCAGCAGCUCUCAGGCAUCAACAUGGUGUCCACAUAUGCGAACCAGAUUCUGUCGACAAGUUUCGACCUAAGUCCAGGAAUGUCGCACCUGAUCGCCGCAUGCGGAGGUACAGAGUAUGCUCUCUGCUCCCUCCUCUCUGUCUUCCUGAUCGAAGGGCUGGGUCGCCGCAGAGCGUUCAUGUGGACUGCUACGGGCAUGGCAGCCUGCUUUGUCGUUAUUCCGAUCCUAUUAUCUACCAGCUCCCGGUCGAACCAGCUCGCUGGCGCCGGCUUGCUAUUCCUCUUCAACACUUUCUUCGGUAAGUUUGGCAUGGGUAGCGGCCCAUUCCUCUAUGCCGCCGAAAUCGCACCUCUGCGUGCUCGAGCCUCAUGUGCCGCUUUAGGCUCGGUCAGCAACUGGACGUUCUGUUUCCUUGUGGUCAUGACAAUCCCUACAUCGUUUGCAAAUCUCGGCUGGAAGACCUACAUAUACUAUGCGGUCUUCAACGCCGUGUUCGUCCCCAUCAUCUAUUUCUUCCUGGUCGAGACGAGACAAAGAUCAUUGGAAGAGCUCGACGUGGUCUUUGCCACACCUGGCGAUCCUGUCAAGAAUGAGAAGCGCCUGCCGCACGACAUCUCGAUCGCGUCGGCGAAGGCUACGCUUGGAUUGGAGGAUGAAAGUCCUGGGGGCAAGACGGCGGAAAACGUGUCUGCGACUUUUUUGAAGCAUGAAGAGAAGUAA